GUAUCUACUGGUCAUACUCGUGGUCAUCUCCUUUCCUUAAGUAGAAGCUGCAGCGGAAAAUACAUGGCGCAGCUUGAAAUCAUACCACCGGACCACCAGCCAAUUCGUCAUGUCAUCACGCGUUUUGUUAGCAGCCAGGGGCCACGUUCCGAAAUCCAAGCCCAACCGCCGAUAACAAAGCAUCCCUAUCCAUCAGACUGCUGCGCGGCUCGACCCAUCAGAUCUCCUCGUCGGGAUUCGACUGAAACAUCUUGCUACCCGAGUUAUUUUGCGGGCGCUCCUCUCUGCACAUGAGACCUUAACAUGUUGGGCGCAGUCUGCUACUUAUUGUGAUGGACGUCCGCGACCUCGUCGACGACGACGCCCUCCAACGAUUGCUGUCGACAACAUGAUGGAUUCAAUCGAACAACCUUAUAAGAUGGAGGAGCCGCCCUUUGUCGAGAACGGCUUCCAGCGACUGAGACAUCUGACAUGGGCAUGGUUCACCUUCCCAAUGGCCACGGGCGGCCUAGCCCUGCUCCUGUCCCCCAAGAACCAACCACACACCUUCACCGGCCUCGAGACCAUCGGUGAAAUCGUCUACAUUUGCGACCUGUUCAUCUUCGCGUUCAUCGCUUCGGCCAUCACGUACCGGUUCGUACGAUGGCGGGGCACCCUCAAAGCGAGCCUGGUACACCCAACCGAGUCUCUCUUCUUCGGCACGGCAUUCCUGUCGCUUGCCAGCAUCAUCGCCGGCAUGGCCCUGUACGGCAUCGAGCAUACAGGCGAUUGGCUGGUGGUGACCUACCGCGUUCUUUUCUGGCUGUAUUUCGCCUGCACGUUCAUUGCCGCCGUCGGGCUGUACUGCAUGCUCUUCACCAACCCUCGACUGAAGAUCCAAGACAUGACCCCGGCUUGGGAUCUUCCCAUGUUUCCAUUCAUGCUUACCGGCACCAUCGCCGCGUCGGGGAUCGAGUUCCAGCCUCGCGACGCCGCCAUGCCCAUGCUCUUCGCAGGGCUGACCGCCCAGGGUCUCGGCAUGCUCAUCUCGAUGGGCAUGUACGCCAGCUACGUGCGGCGGAUGAUCAACUACGGGUUCCCCUCGCCGGAGUCGCGGCCGGGCAUGUUCAUCGCGGUCGGCCCGCCGAGCUUCACGGCGCUGGCCAUCAUCGGCCUCGCGGAGCACUGGCCGCGCGGGUACGACUACUUUGGGCCUGACGACAUCACGGCGCAGGUGGUGCGGAUCCUGGCGCUCCUGACGGCCGUCUUCAUCUGGAGCCUGUCGUUCUGGUUCUGGGCCAUCAGCGUGGUCAGCUGCCUGGCCGUCUACCGCACCUUCCGCUUCCACCUCAACUGGUGGGCCUUUGUCUUCCCCAACGUCGGCUUCACCCUGGCCACCAUCAACAUCGGCAAGGCCCUGCGCAGCGAGCCCAUCCUGUGGGUCGGCUCCGUCAUGACCGUCCUGAUGAUUAUUCUUUACUUUUACGUCCUGUGUAACCACAUCCGCGCCGUGUGGCGGAGAGACGUCCUCUACGUCGGCAAGGACGAGGACCACUACCACAAGGAGCGCAUGGAGAAGAUUGAACGCCUCGGCGGCGACCCCGAGAAAUGCAACUGUGCCACCACUGGCGGUCGGUAGAUGGACAUUCUGGUUUUUUUUUAAAAAAUAGAUCGAUAGAAUUAUGAUACCCCCAGAUAGAUCGGCACUAGAUCAAUAGACAGACGGGGCUUGUGGACAUUCGUGUAUAUGUUCUCGGUUCUGCCUUUUGCGGUGUCUCCCUGGGUAGAGAGGAAGGGCGGACACAUGGAGUUUAAACUGGUAUCUCCCCUGAGCCCUGAACUUGACUUUGUUCUCGACGCAGACACACUCACUCACUGACUACGGUGCUGUGCGGGAGCCUUUGGCCUGAGCAGCGCAGCACAGAGCAGCACAGAGCAGCACAGCGCAGUGGGUGAGUGAGUGGUGGUCGGCAAACUUGCUAUUGUAAUUUAGCCUCGGUAAGGGUCAGGAGCUGCGUGCCAAGACAUAACGACAUC